GUGAUACGGAAAGAUACACACAUCUCAUGAUCUUUCAAGGAGUCUCCUUCUGUUUUUCAACGCGUAACCGACACCCACCUAGCACCAUGUGCACAUUAGAGAAGCGUGGCAACCUCUUCGUCUUGACCUUAAACGGCUCCAACUACCAGCACCGAUUCAACUCUACUCUCAUCUCUUCGUUCCGGUCGGCUCUCUCACAAGUCAAAUCACAAGCCACUCUCGGCUCGGCUCUCGUUACCAUAUCUGAAGGCAAGUUCUUCUCGAAUGGAUUGGACCUCAGCUGGGUUCAAGCAGCCGGAUCCCCACAGGGAGCUGUACAACGCAUCCGCCACUUGGUGGAUUCCUUCAAGUCGCUUGUGGCUGAUUUGAUGUCGCUUCCCAUGCCCACCGUUGCCGCCAUCUCCGGCCACGCUGCCGCUGCUGGAUUCCUUCUUGCUCUGAGCCACGAUUAUGUGGUCAUGAUACGAGAUAAAGCGGUGAUCUACAUGUCUGAAAUAGACAUAGGAGCGACUAUCCCCGAUUACUUCGGGGCGAUGAUAAGGGGGAAGAUCGGAUCGGCGCCGGCUCAGCGCAACAUUCUGCUGAGCGGGGCGAAAAUCAAGGGAGAGGAGGCGGCGAGGCUGGGGAUAGUGGAUUCGGCCCACGAUAGCGUGGAGAGCACAGUGGAGGCUGCGAUGAGAAUGGGGGAGAAGUUGGGAUCGAGGAAGUGGGACGGUGUAGUGUAUGCGGAGAUAAGGAAGGGUUUGUACCCUGAAUUGAUCGUCGUCCUGGGGUUGGAGACCAAAGCUAUCGCCACUCCUAAGCUUUAAUAAGACUCUAUUUGUAAUUUGUAAUCUUCAAUAAGUAUUCAGAUUGAGAAAGUUGGAAGCUGUUUUCAGAAAAUUUAUCACAAUUAAAUGUUGAUCGAUUAAUGUUGUAAGAAAGUAUCCCGUCUCCCCUACUCGAGCCUUUUAGGUAAAUGGACGGGUAUUCCUAUCCUCGUCUCCUCGAAUUUUUUAAGGUAAAUGUACGGAUAUUCCUAUCCUCCUCUUACGGGUAUUUCUAUC